CCGCCCUCCUGCCAGUGGUGGCAGCACUGAGCCCAUGAGCUCCAACAUCUACUUUUUUACUUGCAGUUGUUUCGGUUCUGGUUUCUUUCUUCUCUGCUGUCGUUUAUAGAAAACCUCCAACAUGAAGCCACGGAUCUCUGAAACUCUUUAACUGACGGUUUACGUCUUUAAACGGAACAAACUGGACCUUUAACGGUCGGAGCCAUCCGAACUGUUCCUAUUAGCUCCACGCUAGCUGCUCGGGCCGGUGUGGACCGGAUUUCUGACGAGACAUGUGUGUGUUUUUCCAGAGGCCUAGAUGAGAGAAGAUGAUGAAUGAAGUGAAGGUGGAAGAGGAGGAGGAAGGAGGAGACGAAGGCCCGCCGAUGCCUCCUGACCCCCAGAGUUUCUGCUCUACUCCAGAACCGGCCUCGGACCAACACAAACCCAAACGGCGCCACCGCUGCUCGCUGUGCGGCCGGGAGUUCGCCGGCCCGGCCCGUUUGGCCGACCACGUUGCCACGCACUACGGCUACAAGCCGCACAGCUGCUCCGUCUGCGGGAAGCGCUUCACCAAGAAGGUGAACGUGUUGGUGCACCAGCGGGUCCACACCGGGGAGAAGCCUUACUCCUGCCCCGACUGCGGCGUCAGCUACGCUCAGCGUGGCUGCCUGCGCCGCCACCUCCUCAUCCACUCCCCAGAGAAACCCUUCAGCUGCUCCCUGUGUGGGCGUGGCUUCGUCCAGCGCCGCUACCUGGUCCAGCACGAGCGCACCCACACCGGGGAGAAACCGUUCUCCUGCUCGCUCUGCCCCAAACGCUUCGCCUCCCGCAGCGGCCUGUCCGACCACCUGAAGACCCACCAGGAGCAGAAGCAGCAUUCCUGCUCGCUCUGCGGGAAAACCUUCUCCUCCGCGUCGUCGUUCCGGGAUCAUGUGAGGAACCACACGGGACGCAAACUCCACCCCUGCUCACUGUGUGGGAGGAGCUUCAACCGGCCGAGUCUCCUGAAGAAACACCUGCAGAAACACGCGGAUGGAACCCUGGAGAAGGAAGAAGCUGCUCUCUGCUGCUUCCUGUGUCAGGAGCAUUUCUCCUCCGUCAAAGAGGCCAAGGAUCACGAGCGGCAGCACCACGCCGCGACCCGGUUCUCCUGCGACAUCUGCAGCCGCUCGUUCACUCGCUCGUCCCGGCUGAAGGACCACCUGCGCUCCCACACGGGGGAGCGGCCGUUCCAGUGCGACGUCUGCAAGACGCGCUUCACCGUGCUGAGAGCGCUGAGGAAGCACCAGGAGAUCCACAGCCGGCCGGACCGCCGGGCCCACACAGCGCCGCCUGGAGGUCCGGAUCCGCCAGAACUGAACCCAGACGAGCUUCUGGACGGAACCAGCGCUGCCCUGCAGGUGGAGACCCGCAGCGACGAGUCGGUGCCUUCACUGACUGACCCGAUCCCUGCCAGGACAGAGCCAGAGAAGAACCUGGAGGCCCAGGAGGUCUCAGAAAACCUGCAACCGGAACCGCCGGGUCCACUGGAACCGCCGGGUCCACCGGAACCGCCGGGUCCAGAGACUCAGACGACCUGCAAGAGUCCGGCGGCGAGGAAGAAGAGGAACCACAGCUGCAGCAUCUGCUCCAAGAGCUUCCUGAAGCCCUGCCUGCUACGGGAACACAUGAGGGUCCAUAUCAGGGAGGGCCGGCUGCCAGACCCGGCCGACAAGGUGUUCUGGCUCCACAUGCGGACCAGCGGCCAGAAGAAGAAAACCGUGAUGAUGAUGAAGGAGGAAGAGCGCCGACCUGGUGACCCCUCCACCUCUGACCCCGCCCUCGUCCCUGAUGCCGGGCCGCAUGCCGGUAACCAUGGCGACCAGGGUGGGAACCAAAGCGAACAGCAGGAGGAAGAGGAUGUCAGCGGUUUGAUCAACUCUGAUGGAGAGGAAGAGCGCUGGGAACCGGAGCGCCGCGCAGGUCCAAAGAUCCGCUCCGACCCGCCGGCAGACGGCCGCUCCACGGGAAAAUCCAAGAGCUGCUGCCCGGUGUGCGGCCGCGACUGCUUCAAGGCCUCGGCGCUGCAGAAGCACCUGCGCAUCCACUCCGGCGAGCGGCCCUUCCAGUGCCCCACCUGCAGGAAGAGCUUCGUGCAGCACGUCCACAUGACGGAGCAUCAGCGCAUCCACACCGGCGAGAAGCCCUUCACCUGCGGCGUCUGCAGCAAGAGCUUCACCUUCUCCAGCGCCCUGCGCCGCCACCAGCGCGUCCACACCGACGCCAGGCCCUUCCGCUGCGCCGUCUGCCCCAAGACCUUCAAGCAGCUGUGCGUCCUGAAGAACCACCAGCUUACGCACUCGGGCGUCCGCUACCAAUGCCCGCUGUGCAGCAAGAGCUUCAGCCGCGCGCUGGAGCUCACCUACCACAUCGACGUGCACUCCGACGCGCAACCCUACUACUGCAGCGUCUGCAAGAAGAACCUGAGCGGCGCCCGCAUCUUCAGGAAGCACAUGAGGAAGCACGAGUCCGACGAGCCGAAGCUCGACCCGGCGGCGGCGGAGCCGAUGAAAAACCAAUGAAGGUCACCUCAGAAUCACGUGACCUGAGAGAUUCGCUGCUAAACUUCCUACAGGAGCUCAGAAGGGCCAAACAAAGCAGAGACUCCAGCUAGCAACCCGAUUCAUCGAUGCCUUGCUCAAGGGCACGGCGAGAGCCGGACCAAGACGUUCAACACGAAAUAAUCAGAUUCUCCACAAUAAAAAUUUGAUCCAAAUGAAA